AUGUUGGCUGGGCACUUUGAGCGCAUGGGCCCAGAUUGGGUGGUGAAGGAGGCUUACCUGCGCCAGCCUAGUGGUUGGAGACCACUAGGUCUGCCUACGUACCGCUGGAUCGACAGAGGAGGACCUACUGCAGCUGAAAGCCAGCAAUUAGUGGGAGGUAGCAUAGGAAAGAGAGUGCUGGAAAAUGCUUAUUUUGAAGGCGAAGACACUGGGUCCCAGAACCAGUAG